CACUUUUCGCGCCUAUCGUGUUGUCCGUGCUUUGUUCUCACCGAUACCUAAGAUUGCCUCCAUUUUCUGUGUCUUUAGCCGUGGGUCCGUUCUUGCCAUUUAAUUAGGGAUAACGUAGGGUUCAACUGUUCCUUGUUUUAUUGCAACUGGUUACCGAACCUGACCUGAAGGCACAACCAUUUCUACGUCGUAUACCCUCUCAGUGUAUCGGCGUUCGAUGGAAUCGACAGACGACGUUUCCCGCAAGCGAGCACGGCUGAGACGUCGCCCUCCAGGUCAUCAUCGCCGGUUUGAUGCCCUCAGCAAACUGGCGUCCGCCCUCUACGAGAGAUUCGAAAAAGAGGGUGAAAUGGACGACUUGAACGAGGCGAUCGAUUUGUCUCGCGCUGCUUUGGAGUUGCGACCCGUCGAACACAACAAGUAUGGUCGGUCCGUAUCACUCAAUGAACUUGCUAUCUGCCUUUCCGUUAGAUAUGACAAUCAGGGGGAAGAGGUCGACUUAGAAGAAGCCACCACGCUUGGACGUGAAGCACUGGAGUUCUGUCCACUAGAGCAUCCAGAUCGUAGUGUGUAUCUCUACAGUCUUGCUAACCAUCUUUGGAAGAUGUUCCAGAAACGAGCUGUGGUGCAUGACUUGGAUGAAGCGAUCGAGCUGCUCCGUGCAGCUUUGGAAUUACGUCCCUCGGGACAUCCUAAUCGAUCUCCAUCACUCCACAGCCUCGCUCGCUGUUUAUAUGACAAACAAAUGGUAGCUAUUGACUUCAAAGAAGCCACGGCGCAAGAUCGUGCAACACUAUUACUCCGUGCAUCUGGGCAUCCUGAUCGUGGCGCAGUUCAUCUGGACGAGGCCAUUGCGCUUCAGCAAGAAGCCGUGCAGCUACUCAAACCCGGAGAUCCUUUUUACGAUUCAUUUCGGCGCUCUCUUACAUUCUACCUCCAAAUGAAGAUCGGGUCACAAAUUCCUAUGCCGUCACUUGACGCACCUUCUGCUGCCAAAUUCGACAUUACACAAAUCAUCCGUAAUGUUGUAUUUGAAACACUCAAAGCCACCCCGCCCAGGCUGCUGCACACAUUUACUGGUAUCCUAUGCAACCGGGACGCACAAGUAUCCCAUUUCAUGGGUAGUCAACAGUGCAAUCAGCUGUUGUCUUCGUGCGCAACGUGCAAUGCGGAUCAGCGAAUGGAACUUAUCCGUACUGAGGUCUCGAGAUACUUUCGGUUCGUCAUGCUCUCUCACCACUGGGGUGAAGGCGAGCCAUUAUUGCGCAACAUCGAGGGCCACCCGAUAUAUAACAUGCCAUCCAGGGGGGGCUUGAGAAAGCUCCAAGCCUUCUGUACUAUCGCUUUGGGGUGGGAUUACCUUUGGGCAUGGAGCGACACAUGCUGUAUAGACAAAGACAGCAGUGCCGAGUUGCAAGAGGCGAUAGGAUCAAUGUUCGCGUGGUAUCGACGGUCUGCCUUGACCAUCGUGUACCUUGCUGACGUUCCCGCGACCAGUUCGUUUGAGAGCAGCGAAUGGUUCAGACGUGGGUGGACCCUCCAGGAACUACUAGCUCCCCGAUGUGUACUAUUCUACACUCAAACCUGGUUACUCUAUAAGAAUCUCACAUCUUCUAACCAUAAGACCGAGGUCGUCGUGCUGGAAGAACUGGAGAGGGCAACUGGAAUAGAGUCCCGGUUCCUCACCAACUUUUCUCCUGGCAUGGAUGACGCACGUUCGAGGCUUCAAUGGGCAUCAUCGCGUCGUACCACUCGGCCUGAAGAUAUCGCUUAUUCGCUUUUCGGGAUAUUUAACCUCCACCUACCCGUUCUGUAUGGCGAAUCCGCUGAGAACGCGCUUGGCCGGCUUCUGGCCGAAAUCAUAUCGCAGUCUGGCGAUAUCUCGAUUCUGGAUUGGGUCGGAGAGGCAUCACCAUAUCAUAGCUGUUUCCCUGCCUACGUCACCUCGUAUCAAACGGUACCAUUGCUUCCACACCGACCUAACGUAGAAGGACAUGUGCCGGUGGCGAGUGAGCGGCCCACAUCAUCAGCAGCACUACAAGCGCUGUAUCGCGCACUCGCUAGAGCGCCCCUUCCACGAUUCGUCACUCGCCGCCUUACAUUACCAUGUAUUGGCCAUUGCGUUACAGCCGUACAGCUGAUAGGCUCAAGUCCACACGCUCCGAGCUACACGUACGAAAUUCAGGCAUCCGGUCUGAGGCCACUUGAGAUCACACUGCCAAACGAAUUAGAAAAUGGUGCUCUGCAGCUUGUUCGCCCUUGGCACUCGAAACUGCUUGGUCCGACCGAGUUAUACGCCACGACUGAAGAGCACAUUCUUUUUACACUGGGGAGGCCGUUUGACGCUCUUUUGUUGAUCGAACUACCUCACGACGAGUACAAACGGAUCGCGUCUUCUACCUCCAUCAUUGCUCACCCUUUAGGUUCGGCCAACAUUCGGCGAAGCGAAGUUAGGAUAUUUGACAUUGUGUAGAUAGUCAUGGUGUCAUAACAUCCACAGUGCCAUAACCAGCUC